UAACCGGUGACCGUGUAUCCUGUUAUCGGUUGUGAGGAAAGUGUCUGUGGUGGUCGCCGAAAAUGGAGCUGCGGUUGUCGAUUUUCGGCCUGUAGGCCGUUUUUUUCGGCCCGACACCGGCAUGACCUCUGACUUCUCAUCAUGAGCAGCAAAAGCGAGCUGAAGAAGCUGUCGGAGGAGAGCCUAACCCGGCAGCCAGAGGAGGUUUUCGACAUCCUCUGCAAGCUUGGGGAAGGAUCCUAUGGCUCGGUCUACAAGGCGGUGCACAAAGAGUCGGAACAGGUGUUGGCCAUCAAGCAAGUGCCCGUGGACACCGACCUGCAGGAGAUCAUCAAGGAGAUCUCGAUUAUGCAGCAAUGCGACUCGCCGUACGUCGUCAAAUACUACGGGAGUUAUUUCAAGAACACCGACCUAUGGAUUGUGAUGGAGUACUGCGGGGCGGGUUCCGUCUCCGACAUCAUGCGCCUAAGAAAGAAAACUUUGUCCGAGGAGGAAAUCUCAACGAUAAUGAGUGACACUCUAAAAGGUCUCGAGUACCUGCACCUUCGUCGUAAAAUUCACCGAGAUAUCAAAGCUGGAAACAUCCUGCUCAACUCUGAGGGGCACGCCAAACUGGCUGACUUCGGGGUGGCAGGUCAGCUGACUGACACUAUGGCCAAAAGGAAUACAGUUAUAGGAACUCCAUUUUGGAUGGCACCUGAGGUAAUUCAAGAAAUCGGCUACGACUGUGUGGCCGAUAUCUGGUCACUUGGAAUCACUGCCUUGGAGAUGGCUGAGGGCAAACCGCCAUACGGGGACAUCCACCCCAUGCGAGCCAUUUUUAUGAUACCUACUAAACCGCCUCCCUCUUUUAGAGAGCCUGAUAGAUGGACUGCAGAGUUUAUUGAUUUUGUGUCUAGGUGUCUUAUAAAAAAUCCUGAGGAAAGGGCUUCCGCUUCUGAGCUUCUGCAGCACGAGUUUAUUAAUUAUCCAAAGCAGCCCAAUAUUCUGGCCUACAUGAUAUGCGAGGCAAAGGAGAUCAGGGAAAAACAGCAGCAGGCGCAGGGCAUUCUGAGCCAAGCACACAACGAUGAUUCGGACGAAGAUGACCAUGGAGGCACUGGCACCAUGGUCCAGUUCACACCGGAUAGCGGCACCCUGGUGCCAGAAAUGUUAAAUCGUGGUGACGAUGACGAUGGCACCCUAAUGCUGAGAUCUCGUCGUUCUGGUACCUUGGUGGAGCUGGACUCCAAUUUAGGCACAAUGGUCAUCAACAGCGAUGAUGAAGACGAAGAGUCCACAAUGAAGAGACACGCAACGGGGCUGGGUGAAUCGGGGAAGAAAUAUCGGCCUCUUUUCCUCGACCAUUUUGAUAAGAAAGAAGCAGAGAACAAUAGGCAGGGUAGCAAUGGAGCAAUUCCUAUGGGGGCGCAGACGGAACACCCCCCGCCCGCCAACCUGAACAACACGGAGGAACGCGAGCGCUUCCAGUCGCACCUGCGUCAGCAGCUGGAUAAAAUUUCGGCCGCGCCAGCACCUCAGCCUGUCCUUCCGGCGACGCCGCCAAGGCCUGAAGUCAAGUUGCAGCGAGGAUUUGUCGACGGAGAUUUCGAAUUUCUCAAGUUCCUGAGUUACGAAGAGCUGCAAACGCGCAUGACCAGCUUGGACAGCGAGAUGGAGCGCGAAAUUGACGAGUUGCGGCGGCGCUACCAAAACAAGCGCCAGCCCAUCCUCGACGCCAUGGACCAGAAAAAGAAGCGUCAGCAGAAUUUCUGAGUCUCGUUUGUUAUACUAAUAAUAAUAUUAACUGUUAAGCCAUAUACCCAAGCAAUAAAGACUCAAUUUGAAUUUGCAAGUGGUGCGAUAGUGAUUCCGUGAGAUGCGUUCGAAAUCGGUUGUUGUUGAAUCAUUCAAUGAUUUUUCGGUUUUCGCGUGCGUGAAUGAAAGAUUUGAGUUGUGUCAUCUGUUGUGCUUUGGUUGACUUUUGCGGGAAGCUCAAUCCAAGAAAUCAAUAUAACUGCUAACAAUUUGCCGUUGUUUGCCAUGUUAACCCUUGAAGAAGUAGUGGAAACAUGUAUUCGCAGGAAGUGCUUUAUUGUUUCUUUCAACUAUGCAUUUUUGUCACUAUUUUUUUGGAUGAACAUUAUUCAGUUUUGGGGAAUGUGAUAAAGCUUGCGCUCACACUUAUCACUCACACAGACACACACAAUUAUGGAACCUCAGGUCUAACGCAGAUGCAAUAGUUUGAAAAACGGUUUUACUCUUCAGUUUGUCUCGCCAAUCUUUGUGUUUCCUAAGAGCCAUUAUUCUUGUAUGCUUAAAAUAACAAUUAGAAAUUUCCUCACCGGUGAUAAUAAACAUCAGCACUGACACUUUUUAAGGCAGAACA